AUUUACCAAAAUGUACCUCCUGAACCCCGGCUCUAUGUAUAAACUAACAGUAAUGAAUAUGACAACAGCUGCAAUAGAGCAAACCGAUGCAAUAUUCCGAGCCGCAUUGAUUUUCGAGUGGAUCCUUAUCAGUAUAGGCUUCGGGGAAACUAUGCUUCUUUGGUAUUUGCUCCGAUAUACUAACCAGUACCAUCGGAACUUGGCGAUGAUCGUCGAGCAACUCCCCAAUCAAUAUUUCCCGUCACUACUGGCAAGAAUGUACAUGAUAUAUAAACAGUUGACGAUUUCUAAUACAGCUGAUCUAAUCGAAGACCAGGGCUUCCUUUUCGCAGUUUGGCUCCGAAAUUCUCUACUUUUUGUGGCAUUUUAUUUUGCUCCGUUUCCAGUUAUAGAACGAUGUUUUGCAACUUUGUACAUGCACGACUAUGAAACAAAUAAACGGCGAUGGAUAUCGUAUCUUUUGAGUACAAUUUUAUACAUUUUCGCGAUAACCUCCGCGCAAUUUUUCAUCUUUGGGUCUUCAAAUCGCGAAAUUCACAUUUUUCUGAUUACCGGCUUCAAUUUGAUCGCUUUUGGGUUAACAUUUGUCAUGGAGCGAUACAACAAGAAGAGGUACUCGAAAUUGCGGAAAAAUGUAAAUUCCGACUAUUCGUUGAGUGUGAGAGCACAAUUAUCGGAGAAUAUCAAUAGUACUCUGCCGUUCAAAGUGAUGUGCUUCUCGAUCGCCUUUUUUGCCUCGCUGUGCACUUCUAUGCUCCACGUGGACGAGUGGACCGAGUCGCAGACGAUACGAAAUUGGGUUUAUAUGGCUUUCAAUUUUAGCUGCUGGUCGUAUGGUACUUUGGUACCAUUCUUCAUGCUGGCCUACAAUCCGCUGUGGCAGAAGGAGUUGAGACGAUUGGGAGGAAAGUUCUGCUGCUGCCUAUGCCCGGCCAAUCGAAUCGGAGCCGACCAGACUGGUCGCAAACGGCCACCCACAAAAGUCAAAGACACUUUUGGCAAGAACUGCAACGUGGAAGACGCGGAGCACACGACAAUCUAUUUCUCACAGCUCAACGCCGACUGGAAUGCUCCCACCGAGCAAAAAAAGCGACGGGAACGGAAAAACGAGAGGUUAUCAAUUUCCGAUGCUCAAGCUCAAUCUGUUAUCACUUCAAGAUCGAUAUCCAAUCAUUCUGUUGUUAUUUGAUUUCUUUUUUUUUGAGAUAUAUAAAACAAAACUUAAAAUA